GUACAUACAUACAUACAUACAUACAUAUAUAAAUCAAAUUCGAAUACUACGAUUGUCACGGCGAACGAGAGAUAUUCAAAAACGAAGAAACUUUGAGGGUUGUUUGAAGAGGGAUAGGGUGAAGGGGAAAGGAAAAAGAGGGAUAGAUCGACGAUGAACUCUCCGGAGAGUUCGAAAGUUUGGAGCAGGAAGCACGAGGAUGGUACAUAGGAUAACAUUGGCACCUCUUGGUAGCAUCAGGAGAAGAAGAAGAAAAAGAAGAAGAGGAGGAAGAGAAGGAGGAGGAAGAAGAGGAGGAGAAAAAGGAGGAGUAUAAUGAUGAUGAGGAAAACAGAGAGAGAGAGAGAGAGAGAGAGAGAGAGAAAGAGGGAACGUCAUCGUCAUCCAUCCGGCACGAAAGAGGUUUCAGAGGGACGACAGAGAGAGAGAGAAAGGAGAGAGAGAGAGAGAGAGAGAGAGAGAGAGCGAGAAAGAGAAAGCAAAGAAAAGAGAGAGAGAGAGAGAAAAAAAUAAAGAAGAGAAAGAGAGAGAGAGUAUAUAGUGAGAGUAGUGGGCGCGAGAUGGCACGCAAGCGCGCGAUUCGUUCGGAAAAGAGCGGCGAUUGGUCCACUGUUCUCUGACGUCGGUGGAACGUUAUCGACCAAUGGGAGAGCAAGAAACAACCGAUGUUAGCCGAGUGUAUCCGGUGGCGAACUUCAGAGAAGACGAAGUUCACCGAGUGAUACACAAGUUCUUCUAUCUCUCUCUCGUACUCAUUACGUAUAUAUAAUACACAUCACAUACAUACAUACAUCAUACAUACAUAUAUACAUAUAUACAUAUAUAUACGUAUAUACACGCAUCUCUCUCUCUCUCUCUUUCUUACACAUACACAGAUACCAUCGUCUUUACUCUCCAUGCGACUUCCUCAAAUCUUUAUUUUCAGGCUCGACCGCGAACUGGUCGAAGCUCGUACGACCGCCCCGGUUUUUCACGAGCAUCUUCUUUCUCUUUCUUUUCGUGUUUUGUAUAUGCGAAAGAGAAAGAGAGAACGAGAGAUAGAGAAAGAGAAAAAGAGUGAUGUGUGCCUGUGUGUGUGUAUCGUGUCGUGCACAUACCACUACCAUCGCAUCAUCAUCACACUACUACACUACACUACUACUACUACUACUAUUACUACACUACUUUAAUACAUUACACUACUACUAUUACCACUACUACUACCACCAUCAUCAUUACCACCACCACUACCACCUCCACUUGCCUCUUCCUCCUGCCUCUGCCUUUGCCUCUGCUUCUGCCUCUGCUUCUGCCUCUGCCUCUGCCUCUGCCGCCGCCGCUCGUCGAGCAGCAGCAUUCUAAAUUUGAAUCCCCUCCGAGAGGAGAAACAGUAGUGUCCGCGAGUCGCGCGCGUUACGACGUCGUAUCAACGUCGUCGUCGUCGUCGUCGCCGUCGUCGUCGUCGUUGUCGUCGUCGUCGUCAUUUACGUUCACGUUUACGUCCUCGUACUCGUCCUCAUCGUUAUUAUCUUCUUUCGACGAGAGGAACGAGUGAGUGAGAUAUAGAUAUUGGCUAAAGGAGGACUCCACAGGAGGAUGCGACCCGGCUCGCGUGUUCUAUUAUUUUCACGUGAUUUCGAAGACCAUCCUCGGCAACGUAAUCGUCGUCUCACUUCGGCUACUACUACUACUACCACUACUACUACUACUACUAUUACUACUAUCACUACUACUACUACUACUACUACUACUACUGCUACUACUACUAUUGCUACUAUUACUACUGCUACCGCUAUUGCCGCUGUUAUUAUUGUUGUUACCAUUGUUGUUGCACGAAAUAGCGCGUAUUUUCGUGCCAUUAGUUUCUCUGUCGAGGGAGCUAAAAGUGCGAGUUGUCUUCUUCGAGUAUUCUUUGCUGUACGGGGAUGAUCGCUACGUGAUCGACCAGAUCCACAAAAUACGCGUUUUUAAUAUUCCAUCCAGUGGUUCUGAGAAACUCUUUCUUCUCGACGACAUCGUGCAACAAUGGGUCGGAAGAAGAUUCAGAUCUCGCGCAUCACGGACGAACGGAACCGUCAGGUGACCUUUAACAAGAGGAAAUUCGGGGUAAUGAAGAAGGCGUACGAAUUGUCGGUACUAUGCGAUUGCGAGAUUGCGCUGAUUAUCUUUAGUUCGAGCAACAAGCUGUACCAGUAUGCGAGCACCGACAUGGACAAGGUUCUCCUCAAGUACACCGAGUACAACGAACCCCACGAGUCCCUCACCAACAAGAAUAUCAUCGAGGAACAUAAGGGUGCCAUGUCUCCGGAGAGUCCGGAACCCGACGCGAUCGAGUACAAUCUUACCCCGCGUACCGAGGCGAAAUACACCAAGAUCGACGAAGAAUUUCAGAUGAUGAUGCAGAGGCACCAGCAUAAUGGCACCAGGGGGAUGGGACAGUCUAAUUACACAUUACCUGUAACUGUGCCGGUGAAUAGUUAUGGUGAAUCUCUUCUUGGAUCUAGUCCUCAGAUGGCACAUACAAGCAUUUCUCCCAGACCUUCAUCGUCUGAAACAGAUUCAGUUUAUCCACCAGGAGGAAUGUUAGAAAUGAGUAAUGGCUAUCCUCCAUCAGCUUCCCCGUUAGGCGGAUCACCUAGUCCAGGACCUUCACCAGCACUUGGAGUUGGUGGAGGUAGCGCGAAUAAAGGCAGUAAUCCAUCAAGGCAUUCGCCACAACCACCACCACCUCCACCACCACCACAUCCUCACAGAGCCAACCUUCGAGUAGUUAUACCGACACCUCUCACACAACCACUUUCUGAAGACACCAAUUACGACAGCGGUCACACGCAAUCUGCAUUGAACACACCGGUAGUAGCAUUACAGACACCUUCGGUACCAGCUGGGUAUUCCAGUUUUGGUCCAACGGACUAUUCCUCAGAUCUAGGAAGUCUUGCAUGGUCUCAUCAGAGGUACGUUGAUGACUUAUCAAUGUAUUCGGCCACCAUGUCCAGCAUCAGCGGUCUUCCUCAUUUAGCUGUUUCGAGCAGCACUCCUCCGCCAUCGACGUCGCCUUUACCAGUGAAAAUAAAAAGUGAACCGAUAAGUCCACCCCGAGAUCCACACGGAGGUAACAGUGGUUCGAGUGGAGGACCAAGUAAUGCCAGUAAUUUGCAUCAUACAAACUUGAAUGUCGGUCCUUCGUCUAGUACCGGUGCACCACCUCCACAUCAUGUACCUCAUGGCGGUCCUCAGACAUUAAACUUAGUAUCAAACAGACCGAGCAGUAAUCCACCUCCAUCCCACUCGGGUAGUAUAACUCCAACAAAUUUACCAUCCCCAGGUAGUGGGACGGUUGGUGAUAUAAGAACGACGAGUCAUGCUGCUAGUGCUGCUAACGGAGGAAAUAGUUCAGAUUAUGAAAAUGGACCGCUUAUGAAACGGUCCAGGAUUACGGAAGGAUGGGCGACUUAAUGUCAAUCGAAUUGUUGCACCCAGUUGUUUCAUACCUCGACGUACAACGGCAUAUAGUGCUUGUGAGUUCCAGUAUAUAUUACAAACUCAUUUUAAACGUCCUUGAGACAUAAUAUACUUCUUCACUUUAAGUGGUUAUGGAUGGUACAUUGUUGGCCAUAGCCAAGAGAGUGGAUUAAAAAACAAGGGAAUGGAAAGGAAAGGAAAGGAAAGAAAAGAAAAGGAAAGGAAAGGAAAGAGAGAAAAAAAAAUUAAGAAAGAAUAUCUGUUUAUAUUUUCAAACUAUACACAGAAUACAUUUAUUUGAGGAGAGAAAAAAAAAGAAAUACGGUGCCAUAAUGUUAAAACUUUAUAUAUAUAUAUAUAUAUUCUAUGUAUAUACAUAUGAUGGAUACAUACAUACAUACAUAUAUAUAUAUAUAUAAAUAUAUUUUCAUGUAUAUAAUAUGAAGUGUUGUUUGUAUAUAUGUCAUAAAAAUUUCAUGAUGGUUUUAAAAAAGACGUGCGAUACAUGUCUCUGACAUGGCGCGCAUUGUCAUCUCUCUUGUAUGAGAAACUCCUUUUGAAGAAAAAGGAAAUCACUGUAUGUUAGAUAAACACACAUACACACACGCAUACAUACACACAUACAAACACACACACAUACACACACACAAUAUCUAAUUAUGAAAUUUGAAAGUUUACCAAUAUUCUAAUGAAAUAUUGGACGAAUGGCGGAUGAUCGGGAAAUGAUGUGUAUAUGUAGUAAGGGUUGUCAAAGUUGGAUUUUACCAUUGCAAUUCGUUGUUGUUUUGUGUGGUAUAGUAGUCGGUCAGCAGCAUAUCCCGUUGAUUUAGAUUCCACAGAAUAUAUAUAUAUAUAUAUAUAUAUAUAUAUAUAUAUAUAUAUAUAUAUAAAAUACGAACAAUCAGUAAUUUUUAUCAUAUGUGUCUACUCAAGUCGAUCUGUAUAAAUCGGUCCGAUAUGUACGAAGAAUUAAUCUAGUCACUUAAACUAAUAUUCGAAUUGUGCGAAGAGGCGCUCUAUAAUCAAUUCGUUUUAGCACAGGAUUGUCUAUCUCUGUUCAGAUUAAAAAGAUAUACUUUUUAUAACCCGUUCAUUAGAUACAUUUUAUGAUCAUGUUACGACAGUAUAUACACAUUAUUACACGAAUAUGUCUGUUUUUUGCACAUAUUUAUUAUGGCUGUAAUAUUCUUAUAUGCAAUUGUUUCAUAUUCUCAUGAGUACUUAUGUCACUAAUAAGAUACAAUCCGUUCAAUAUAUAUACAUAUAUAUAUAUACAGAAAGAAAAAGAGAAAGAGCACAAAUAUACAUUGCAUGAAAUUCAAUGUAUAAUAAUUAUCACAAAACGAGAAGUAUAUAUAUAUAUAUACCACAUACACAAACACACACACACACACACCCAAACAUACAUACAUACACAGAUACACACACACACACUUUUUUCUUUUUUUCGUUUUUUUUUCCUUCCUUUUUUAAUUAUUGCUUUUAUUCACAUACUCUUUAAGGAUAAAUGAAUUGUUGAUCUUGUAAGUGAAUUAGUUAACGGUCUAUGCCUGCUAAUG